UCCACCGCGAUCGUCUCUGGCACAUGCUUUCAUUUAAUAACGUGCAUCAACAGGAUCGUGUAAAAUAGGGUUUUAUAGUUUUGUUUCGAUAAGCCCUUAUCCGACACGUUAGAUAAUUACGAUGGCGACAUCGACAUCAUUGUGGGAACUUUGGUCGGAAAUUGCUCAAGAGUCAGACUCGUUAUCGGAUCCUGUACUGCUGGAAAUCUUCUCGGCUGGAAAUAGUCACCGUGUUUUUGACAAAAUUAGCGAUGAAGAUUUAAAAUCAGUCCUAUCCAAGGUAAAAGGGUUGUUAAAUGAGCCGAAAAGUCGUGAAAAAGGGGCCUGGAUUUUCAAAGAGUUGGUCGAAUGCGUCGACGUAAAGAGACUCGGCGGCUUGCAGGACACACUGUUAACAGCCCUAAGGCUUAUCUGCAGUGAUAAGUUCUUACAUUCACAAAUCAUUCAGGAAGCGUUGUCCAACUUUCUCCCAAAAUGUAAGAAUUUGCCCGACAUUUUGAAAGAGGUCACACCAAAGGGAGGAUUCGUAACGAAAAUCGUGGCGAGUUGCCUCGAAGAACUGCAAACCGUGGAAGGAAAAGAGAUGAGACAGCCAAGUCGGGAAGUAGUGACACUGUUGAAGGUCUGUUUGGUCAAUUUCCGGGGAACGUGUGGCUAUUAUCGUGACAAAUUGGAGAAAGCGCUGGUGAUUUAUUUGGACCAUGACAAUGCCGAGUUUGUCCACCUGAUUUGUGACAUCAUGCCACUUAUUUCUCAAAUUGGAGGGGGUGGUUCUUCUGGAGAUAAUCAUAGCCAGGAUUGGUUGGGAAUGGUAAAGAAGUUGAGCAAGGAGGCAUAUGACUGUCUAUAUUUCUUGUACUCGGAUUGUUCGGCAAUUGAUGAUGAGAAUCCAUUCGAAGAAAGUGGUUCUUUGGAACCUCUACUUCCUCCCAUUACAAGUUCAAAGAUUUUCGAUAAAGUUUCAAAGAUUAAGAAACGUUUACUAAAUUUACUUCAAGCGAUUGGUGCAUAUUUGAGAAAAUCGUUUCCUUCCUACAAGCCUGUGCCUGCCCGAAACUUGCUAAAGUUGAUCAGUCAUUUGAUAUCGGUCAACCCCACAGAAUUGUUGGCCAGCCAGAAACAGACUUCUAGAAAAGAGUUGCUUUUUUUGGCAGCAUUACUUCCGAAUGUCCACUCUUCAGCGUUCAAAUUAUUGAAUGAUAUCGUGAUAUGCCUUGGCACGAACGUCCUCCCACAAGCGGUUGCAGUAGAACAGAUAUUCUCACAACAAUGGCGUUGGAUGGAGAAUAGUAGGAAUUCAUUCGUAGAUUUGAAGCUAUCCAUGUACUCCUCUCUCAGCCAUUGGCUGAAUUUGACUAAAGGACAGGUAACAAAUGCAAAAACCUUAAAAAUCUGGAUGGACUACUUUACUCGAGAAGUGGAGCUGGAGAAAGAAAAGAUCGAGCUGCGAAUGUGGAGUGGAAAAUCGAAAAAUAAACUACACACAAAAGCCCCACCUACGCCAACUGGAAUUGUGGCGAGCUGUGAUGGACUAAAUGCAAAUAACGCAUUUUUGCCGAAAAAUGCAAAAGUCUGUCACAUUUCCCUGAUUAUUUUAAUGAAAUUGUUUCCUGCUUCAGAUCCAGAAAUGCACAAGAAUUUGUACUGCACUCUUGUAAGAACACACGUCCAAAUCUACCAACAAGGCACUUUCCCAGGUCAAUAUGAAGACAAAAAUUGUCGAAUCAAGUUAAACGAGUCGUUAGUGGAACUUGCAUUGAAUCCAAAUGCACGGUCUAGCAUUUCGCUCGGACUUAUUGUAAAUCUAUUGAGGAGAGGUUCAUUGGAUUCAGUCUCAAAAGUAUCAGAAUUAUGUAUAUCUUCAAUCUCCAUGCUAGAACGACUUGUCCAUCCAUCUUCGCAAUCCCUAGAAUUUCCAAUGCAUCUUGUCGAUCCAAGUAUUUACGGCUCCAACGUAGAUCGCUCCAGUAUCGUGUUGAAUAGUUUGUUGAAGAAUAAUCAAAUUGAAGAAACUGACAUACUUGUUGAACGACACGGACAAGAUGAAAAUAUCGAUACUGUCGAUACUGGAUGCCAAACGGGAGAAACUUCUAUUGAAAGCGAAGAGGAGGAGGACGAGGAAUUGACGUCUUCAACUACCACCAAAGUUGAUUCGACUUAUCCUGUCCUGACCGAAAUUAUGACAGAGUUGAAACGUCUCCGAGAAAAAGUUGACAAAAUCAAUAGUACUAAUAAUGAACCUAGUUUCAAUUCCAUUGUUCCAAUUGCUCACAUGCAACAAUACACCAUAUCAUCCUCCUCCUCAAUACACGCAACUCAACAAAGCAACGAUUUCGGACAUCAGAGUAGCAGUAAGCGAAGGGUUUUGGAUGAAAAAGAUGACGGUUCCAUCAUCACCAAUGGUGGAGGCGAGAAUGAGAGCCUUAAAAGUUGGAAAAAAAUCAAGUCAGCCGAACCUUCUACCCCAACAUCAUCUCAGGACGAACAAUCUACUGCUCCCAUGUUUGUUGUCAUUGAAGACCAAAAUGGCACAGGGGAGACUAACGAGUUAAUGGACAUGUUUAGCGAUUUUGUCGAUGACACCCCAAUUGAGCUAAUGAAUAGGUAGUGGAGAUAUUAUACUCUUUUUAAUUAAAGUAUGGAAAUAUCUUAUGAUGUUUAUAUUAUAAUAUCAGGAUUACUUUAAUAAAAUUAAAAUCUAAUUAUAUAAUGUUGA